CUACAGUCAAUUUUAACGAAUCAGAUUUUAACACAGUUUGUAGGUCAAUACCAAUCGAUGAAUAAAUACAACAACCAUGCCUUUUGAAUCAAAAUCAAUUCUUUAAAAUACGUUGCUGGGAUUUAAGCGCGCCAGAUUUUUGUUGACUGCUCUUCGAUUAGCCUACAUACAUUCCACUGUUGAUUUAUUUAUACAUUCCUGCAAAAACCUGUGAUCAGAAAUCUACUGUUGGUACAGAAUAAUUCGAUUUAAUUAUUCUCAUUACAUUUUAGUUAUUAGUCUGCAAGAUACCGGGCAGCGUUUAUUGUCAAGUCUGAUUGCUAAUCUCGUUUAUGCCAUACAUGUUUGUUAGACCACCUACAGUACGAACAACAAGAAAUUCUCGCAGACGCCCACCGUCUGUUCGUGUUCCUUUAGCAGAAGUGAGUCGUCCUCUACUCAGACAAUUCGUACGUAAUCGUCGAUCUGAUCCACGUUAUGAAGCGUAUUUUUUGGAAGUGAGAGAAGGACCUGCAGUUAAUGGUAACACAAAUGCGGUCGCGGGGAAGUCAAUACCUCAACCUUGGGUAACUGUUCGUGACUAUUUCAAAGGACAAUAUUCUGUUGGUCUUCCUGUUUCUAUUUGUAAUACAUUGCUGAAGCAUCUGCUAACAUGUGUAGUCGUUGAAGAAGAGCAGCAGGCGGAUAGCUCAGAAGAUAGUGACAUUCCCAGUGCUUCAUCACCACUUCCAGAAGCUACACAGAAUGCAAGUCCAACUCAAGCUUCUGGUGAUACUAAGUCACCAGGUGAAGAGGCUACCUCUGAAGAAGCUUCUGUGAACAAGAAGCGUUCAUCCAGGGUCCAACAAAAGGUAUUUCAGCUCAGUCGGUUAAAGCCCAUAAGGAUAGUGUGUGAAGCCACAGGAUGUACCUUGGAAGUUACAGCUCGUGAUCCAACAGCUAAGCGUCCAUCCGCCGGUUCAGAAGAGCCAACUCAAACAGUUCAAGCAGAUCCUGAACGACGCUGGUUGAUAUCUGCCCCGUUGGAAAUUCGGACCAACGUUUCUUCAAGUGGUGAACAAACGAUAGAUAGUAGCGGUAUAGGCAGUACAACCAGUGGUAAUAGUAGGCGAAAACAUCCAUGGGAAACACGUGGUACUUUGGAAUUACAUGAAAGUUUAAUGCCUCAGGUGUCAGCAUUCCUUGCUGACGUUGUCACACGAUACCGUUCAGUUGAUUUAGUUCCUGAAGUACGAUCACUUUAUAGUGCAUCUGGCGGAAGGAGGUUCUUCUUUGAUUUACGGGAUACUCGAUGGGGCAAACGACUCCACAUUUCUCAAGUUACUGAACUCCAUCGUAAUGUCAUUGGUAUUCCUCUUGAAGCGCUAGUGAGUUUUCGUUCAAGAUUAGAUAUGGUGAUUGAAAGUCUAGGGUUGGAAGACCAACACGCUUUAAGAUCAACUAUCUUCAGAGAUGGAGAAAAUAGGUCGUCUCGUAAACAACGACGUGCACCAGUCUCACCUCGAGAUGCUUCAAAUGAAGCUGGAGAUUCUGGAGAUAGGGAUAAUGGCAAUCACAACGACGUUCAGAACAAUCAAGUUGACACUAACAAUACAGGAAAUCGCACACGUGGGCGUGAAAGACGUCGUUUGCGUACAGGGGGAUUUGUGAUGAACAGUAAAGUAGGUGAAAAUGCAGAAACAUAUACGAGUGAAUCUAGACCACGUCGUAAUAUGGGAAACAGGUUCGGAAGACGUGGUUAUUGGACGAAUGGUGGACGUGAACGCCCAAUUGUGAGAAGGAAUAGGAAUCCACGGCCUUUAAAUCGAGAUUUAAAGACAUCCUCUGGGGAAAAUGAAGAUGCUGACGUGAAUUCAAAAUCCAAUACUCAGAGUGUACCAGAACCUGCAGUUGAACCUGCUAGAGUAGCACCUGCGGCUGAGGCGACUGCAUAAUCACAGCUUUGUGAUUCGUUUGAUGGUGCUUCUUCUGAACAUGUCUACUAUGUUACUAAUCUUAACGCUAUUCGUUUGUCAUAUGUUUUUAGCAUCAAACAAGUCAUUAAUGUUUUUUUGUGUUUGCAUUAUCCAAGCAGAUGUACUCUAUUAUUAUUAUUGUUAUUAUUAUUCGUUCUUGAACUUUAGAAAAUAUCAAUUCAACUGUUGAGGUUAAUACGUCAUAUAUAGAUUUGAUUGUGGGCUAAAGAUGACAAAGUCUAUUCUUAUCAGUCCUCAAUCAAACUAUGCAUUACAGAAAUCUCAUAUUCCCGUGUUUCAUAAUUUUUGCAUGUUUUUGAAAAAAAUACAAUCCAGUUAAAGUGUGAAAUGCUGUUUACUUUAUGAUUAUCUUUUUGA